AGCCGGCCCAGUCGCAUCCUGUCGGCAGCAGGGGAAGAGAUGACGCACGGAUCCGGAGGUGUCCAGAUGGGGAGCGCGCUGAAGCACGCGGUGCUGUGCCUGAUGCUCCUGCCCCGCUUCCUCCUGGCCGCGCUCAUGCUCUGGCUCUUGGAUUUCUUGUGCAUCCGUAAAAAAGUGCUGCUCCGAAUGGGGGAGCGGCAGGACGGACCGGACGACCCGCCGGUGUGCGUCUCCGACUCCAACAGGAUGUUCACGCCGGAGUCCCUGCGCGCGGUGUGGUACGGACAGAAACUGGAAUUUCUCAAAUCGGCGCACCUCGGCCGCGCUGCGCCCAACACCGAGGUGGUGCUGCUGCAGGAGCGCAGGAGGAUCCGGAUCCUGGAUUGCACGAAGGGGAAGAGACCGCUCAUUCUCAACUUUGGCAGCUGCUCCUGACCGCCGUUCAUGACGCGCUUGGCCGCGUUCCGGCGCGUCGUCAGCCAGUACGCGGACAUCGCGGACUUUCUGGUGGUGUACAUCGAGGAGGCGCACCCGUCGGACGGCUGGGUGAGCUCGGACGCGCCCUAUCAGAUCCCCAAGCACCGCUGCCUGGAGGACCGGCUGCGCGCGGCGCAGCUGAUGCUGGCGCAGCUGCCCGGCGGGCGCGUGGUGGUGGACAACAUGGACAACUCGUCCAACGCCGCGUACGGAGCUUACUUCGAGCGACUUUACAUCGUGAGGGACGAGAUGGUGGUGUACCAGGGGGGUCGGGGCCCGGAGGGGUACCGGAUCUCCGAGCUCAGGAACUGGCUGGAGCGGUACAGGAACGAUGUGCUGAACUCAGCCGUGCUUCACGUGUAGACUGAAGAGCGCCGGAAACGCGCGCAUGCUGCUAUCAGACGUCAUAAAGGCGUUCCCGCCACUGUCCUUGUUGUCGUGCUUGAUGUCGUCACUUUAGAGGCGCAAUAUAGUGAUUUGAGUUUUAUUUUGUAUACAGAGAAAGUGGAGGAAAAAACAAAAAACAACAAAGUUGGGCUGAGUGGUCACUUUAUUUUUCUACAGUGUUUCUCUGCUAAUAUGCUCCUCUGGUGUUUCUGUGAAGUUCGGUUUUUAAAAGGCCCUGCCAGAAAACCGACACUGAUGUUUCUGGACACUUGGAGCUGAUCCAUAUUAGCAAAAUAUGCCUUCCUGCGACGACAGCUUGCCAAAAUGAUGUAAUGUGAAGAAAUAGAAAUGAACAAAUGUUUUUAAAUAAAUGUCACGCCACAGCUUGUUUUGUUCAUGAUUUUUUACAACAAAAAUGGGAGUUUGUUGAAAUAUUUGGUGCUUGACCACCGGCGGCUCCAGAUGUGUUUUCUUGGGGGGGGGAGUGGCAGAAUUCACAGAAAAGUUUUAAAAUUUAUUUUUAAUCUGUGUGUCCUGAGGCAACCCUGCAAAUAGCAGUGAGUAAACAGAUAGAUGGAACUCAAAACUCUGCCAACACUUAUCACUAUUACAGAUAAAUGUUAGCAGGAUUGCGCAAAAA